UCAGUUGCGAGUACAACAAAGCCUUCAGAUAAUCAAAACUGAUGUAAUUAAACGAUUUAAUUAUCUAUAUUUAGCCGACGGAAUUGAAGCCAUAACCCAAUAUUAAACCAUGUCAGUAAAGAUAAAAAGGAGUCAUCUUGCACAAAAUACACACACUAACCUCCACCUCAAGACGUGCAAGCCACAAACUUCCUCCUCAUAUACACAUAUAUCCGCGCACGCACAGCAUGCCAUCCACAGCAAACAUGAUGAUGAUCAUUGAGUUAUUUUAACAAAUACCUGUUGCUCGAUGAAUACUAAUCUUAAGCCUGCAAAGCCACCAAGUCUGCCAAUCACAAAACCUCCGUCUUUCAAGAUGUCAGCUGCCCCACAACCGCCGCCGACGCCUCCCUCAAAUGCAAGCCCGACCUCCACCGAUCCCCUCCCUACCUACGCUCUUCAACAACCAUCAAACAAAGGGAAAAACCCAUCAAAAUCCACCAAACUCUUCCGUCGGUUCCGCGCGGUUUUCCGGUCAUUCCCAAUCAUGACCCCGGCAUGCAAAAUCCCCGUCUCCCUCAACGGAAGCCGCCUCCACGACGGCCACAUCCACGGAGGGACUAGAAUAACCGGAACCCUAUUCGGGCACCGGAAAGCUAGAAUUAACUUAGCUAUCCAAGAAACCCCAAGGUCUCUCCCAAUUUUAGUACUAGAACUGGCAAUUCCGACAGGAAAACUGCUCCAAGAUAUGGGAAUGGGGCUCGUUAGGAUUGCGUUGGAAUGCGAGAAGAAGCCGGCGGAGAAGAUCAAGAUCAUUGAUGAGCCAAUUUGGACAAUGUAUUGCAAUGGUAGGAAAUCCGGGUACGGCGUGAAGAGGGAACCAACCGACGAAGAUUUGAUGGUGAUGCAAUUGCUUCACGCGGUGUCAAUGGGUGCUGGUGUGGUGCCAAACAAUGGAGAAGAGCAUCAGGAUGGAGAGUUGGCGUAUAUGCGUGCGAGCUUUGAGCGGGUGACUGGGUCUAAGGAUUCAGAGACGUAUUACAUGUUGAAUCCCGAUGGGAACUGUGGCCCUGAACUCAGCAUUUUCUUCGUCAGGAUUUGAUCAAGUUCUAGCGCAAGCAUGUACGCAUUGAAUUGCUACGAAUAAAUGAUUGGUGUGCAUGUCAUGAGCCAGGAAAAAAAUAGAGGAGAAGAAAAGAACGAGUUCAAUGUGACAAUUCUACUAGUGAAAAUUAAGGGAUGUGAAAUUCAUUAAUUUACAUGUUGUA